ACUUUAUUAAGACCGAACCUAACAUCAGAUAUACGCAGUCAUGGCUGCACUCAGCAUCGUGUUUGCCGCGCUCAUUCUAGUGAUAACCAUAUUAUAUUUUCUGUCAAAGUGGCGGUACAGUUAUUGGAAGAAAAGAAAUGUGCCUUAUCUGGAGCCCACUCCCUUGCUGGGCAACUAUGGGCAGUACAUCCUGCUGCGGGAGACGGUGGGCGAGGUGGUGUCCAAGAUCCUGCAGCAGUUCCCCGACGAGCCCGUGGUGGGCGCCUUCUACGGCACCGAGCCCGCGCUCAUCGUGCAGGACCUGCAGCUGCUGAAGCUCAUCACCACCAAGGACUACUACUACUUCAGCAGCCGCGAGAUCUCCAACCACACGCACAAGGAGGUGAUGACGCAGAGCCUGUUCUUCACCUACGGAGACAACUGGCGGGUGCUGCGGCAGAACCUCACGCCGAUGUUCUCGUCCGCCAAGAUGAAGAACAUGUUCUACCUCAUCGUCAACUGCUCGAAAGAAUUCGAGAGUUUAUUGGAUAAAGAGAUAAAGGUGAAUGAUGUGGUGGACGCCAGGAACCUGAUGGCGCGCUUCACCAUGGACUGCAUCGGCACCUGCGUGUUCGGGAUUGAGACGAGGGCCAUGAUAAACGAGAAAGACAACCCUUUCUGGGACGUUGGCGCCUCCAUCCUCGGCAACACGUACUCGCGUGGUCUCAGGUGGAUAUUGCGCGCGAUAUGGCCCGCCAUAUUCUACGGACUUGGCUUCAAGACAUUUCCGGACUCGGCUGUCAACUUCUUCAACAAGUUCGUGGGUGCAGUGUUCAAGGAACGCAUGAAGACCGACGCUAAGCGACAGGACUUCAUCGACUUGCUCUCGGAGUUCAAAAGAAAUAGUACAAUAGUCGGCGACAAGAUGUCAAACAUGAAGACCUCGAGCAGUGAGAAGGUGAGCAUCGAGGUGACGGACGAGAUCCUGAUCUCGCAGUGCAUGGCCUUCUUCGCGGCCGGCUACGAGACGUCCGCCAACACCGGCUCGCUGACGCUGUACGAGCUCGCGAAGCACCCCGAGGCGCAGCAGAGAGUGCUCGACGAGGUGGACCGCUACCUGCGGGCCAGAGAGAACAAGCUGGGCUACGACUGUCUGACGGAGCUGCCGUACCUGGAGCAGUGCAUCAGCGAGACCAUGCGGCUGUACCCCGUGCUGACGGUGCUGACGCGCGAGCUGGUGGACGACUACUCGCUGCCCGGCGGCCUGCGCCUGCCACGGGGCCUGCGCGUGCACAUCCCCGUGCUGCACCUGCAGCUGCACCCGCGGUACUUCCCCGAGCCGCGCCGGUUCCGCCCGGAGCGGUUCUCGCCCGAGGAGCGCCACAACCUGCUCCCGUACACCUACAUGCCCUUCGGGGAGGGGCCCCGGAUAUGCAUCGGCAUGCGGUUCGCUCGGAUGCAGAUGAUGGCGGGGCUCAUCACGAUCCUGAAGAAGUACCGCGUGGAGCUGGCGGCCGGCAUGAGCUCGUCUCUGACGCUGGACCCUCGCGCCAUCGUCACCAUGCCGCGGGAGCGCCUGCGCCUGCGCCUGGUGCCGCGCGCCGGCUGGGACACCAGGCUCUACCAGUAGACCCUCGCGCCAUCGUCACCAGGCUCUACCAGUAGACCCUCGCGCCAUCGUCACCAGGCUCUAACAGUAGACCCUCGCGCCAUCGUCACCAGGCUCUAACAGUAGACCCUCGCGCCAUCGUCACCAGGCUCUACCAGUAGACCCUCGCGCCAUCUUCACCAUGGGACACCAGGCUCUACCAGU